CCAUCGUGGGUAGCUAAUCUAUUAUCAUAGAUAGUUCAUAGUAACAUCAUUAUCAUGGCAGACAUCAUGAACAACAACAUGGAAGUAGUGGAAGAAGAAGAAGAAGCAGGAAAGAAGGAUGCUUUAGUGGAUGAAGCCCAACAGAUCCGAACGAGAAAGCGACGGCGCAAGCUACGAUCCAUGCUACGAAAAGCGGGUGGUUUUCCUUCCUUUGUCUCGUUGAUAUCGCCAGAUGCGUUGGAUGAAGAUGAAGAAGACGACGAAGAGGAAGAAGAAGAAGAACCCGAAUCCAUUGUGAUUGAUGUCGACGAGUAUUUGGGUCUUCACCAAACUGAUAAUGACGAAGACAAUGACGAAGACGACGACCAGAACCACCAUGCAAUACAAGAACGCACACAAACGACCACUCCCGCAGACGAAGGCUAUUACGAAGGACGAGUGCCAUUGGCGUCUCCGGACGACGAAAAGUACUUGUCGUCCUUACAGCAAUUGAUUCGAAACCAUUUGGAAAUUUUUAGUGCGACGGCGGUCGAUGCGGCUGGAUCGCAAUCGGGACGACGUCUACCGAUUGUUCGAGGAAAAGUCGGAAUUCGUUGCAUUCAUUGCGCGUCGGUCGCAUUGGCACACGAAGCCUUUCUGGCGAAUGGAGGAACACACAAUAAAGACAAUCCCAUUCAACCCGUCGAAAAAUCCAAGUUGUAUCCACAAGGCGCCGUUUCGUAUCCCAACAAUAUUGCCGGCAUGUAUUCCAUUUGUUCUCAAAAACCCCAAUUGCAUUUCGAAAAUUGUCCCAAUACGCCGGCAUCGGUCCGAUCCCAAUUCUAUCGACAUACUCAUGAAACAGCACGAGGUGGAGGAGAAGGACGCGCCAAAUCCAAGGAAGUUCCUGCCGCUCUCUAUUAUCUUGUGGCUGCCAAACGACAUGGAUUGGUCGAUGUCGAAGGAGGGAUUCGAUUUUCACGCGAUCUCAGUUUACAACCACUCCCCUUUGAAGCGGUAUUGGCAUCGCAACGACAAGAAAGUGAAGAGUUAAAGACCAUUAUUACACUUCCACCUUCGGUUGCCAGAUCCACAGCAAUAAAAAAUGAGGAACCCGUGCCAACGCUCGUGGGAUCGGCGGUCACAGUCAGUGACGCGACCGCCGAACAGGUGCUGGCAGAAGCACUUGCCGAACCGGAAAAUCCAACUCUCUAUCUGGGACGAGCCACCGACAAGAAAAUGGUAUCCGAUUACAUGUUCUUGUGCAUUCGACAAGUCGCGGUUUGUCAUGCGACACCGGCCGAUUUUGCGACCCGGGGGAAAAAGACGAGGAAAAUGAGAGUGGGGUUUGCAGGAUUUUGUUGUCGCCACUGCCAGAGAUUUCUGGACAAACGCGAUGGACCAGAACUGGCAAGGGCGUUGCCCGGGGGUGUCUCGGAUUACAGUUGUCGUUCCUUCUCGUCCAACUCGGACGGGCUGGCCAGUGCUAUUGCCAAUACGUUUGCCAUUCACUUGGCCAAGUGCGACCAUGCACCACUCAAACUACGAAAAGCAUUGGCGGCAUACAAGAGAAUUCAUCCACGACAAAUGGCCGAUAUGCCACAUGGGAGUCAACGCAAAGCUUUUUCCGUCAUUUGGGAACGACAACGCAAAUUUGAUGUGUCGGAAGAACAAAUGAGAGACAAAAUUGCCGCCUAUCAACGAGGGCAACGAAAUAUUGUGUGGCCACCACCCCAGAAGCAAGCCGAACACCACCACCAUGUCCGGACGUCUCCCAGAGCAACCACGACGACAACAACAAGUGCCCGCACUCCUUCUUCUAGUAGUAGCAAGAAAUCCAAAUCCAAGGGGAAACCGGGGACAAAAGUCGGACGCGAAUGCAGUGACUUUCCACUUUCCAACGAUCCGGCGACAAGGAGGACUCUGGACGAAUACUUGGAUCAUUGGACGCCUGGCGAGGACAAUGAUGGGUUGUUCCUGCCAAGCGACAGGGAUAUCGCUUCGGAUUACAUUUUUCUUACCGUCCGUCAGCUCAAGGCGGCCAUCCCAACCACUGCGGACUUGGCAAAAGGCAAGAGAGGUCCUUCCAACCCUAUUGCGGGAAUGUGCUGCAUGCACUGCGACGGCAAAGAUCCUUCGGAAAUUGCUCCAUCUUGUCGGUCCUUCGCUACGGCGCCGGAUAACUAUGCUUCUGCCUUCAACACGAGCUUGUACAAUCACAUGCAAAACUGCCAAUUCAUCAAACCACACGUCAAAAAGGCGCUCGCGGACCUGCGAAAGCUUCAUUCGCAACAGAUUCAAGCCUUGCAGUUUGGGGCGCAGCGAAAAUUCUUCACCAACUUGUACAAUCGGCUUCGGGCUGUUCCCUUGCCAGGGAAGCUGCCGCAAGCCCCUCCACCACCAGUUGCGUCGUCAUCGAGUAGUAGUAAGCCUUCGAGACGUUCCAGUGCCGGCAGUGCUUCUGGUCGCCGUGUGACGCGAGGGUCAGAGAGCGCCGAAGAUGCCAUUCUGGCAAGCUACGGUUUCUUUGAAGCUCCCUGCCAGUCCUUCUUUUGUCUGCGAUGCCGGAUGGUGCCGCUCCAGUUCCGUGCCCGCGGUUCCUUGUCGUUUGCUCACCCAACGAUCGAGUUUAUGACGGAGCAUCAGGAAGCUUGUGCAGAGGAUGGCAUGAACUUGUGGUACUGUGUGGAGAGCGUCAAGAAGCUACUCAAGACAGAAUUCAGCAUCAAGUAUUUGACGGAUGAACUCUUCAAAGAGGUCAUACUGGAGUGUUUUGGGCGCAAUGAGCAGUUGGCGACGAUUUUCACGAGUGAAAUUGUCAAAGUGUAUCAGAUGUCACGUCACGGUGGCGUUACGAGAUCUGUCGAGAACUACAUCAAGGCAAAGUCACAGGGCUUGUGGUCGAAACUACCGUUGGCUGUUGACAGUGCCAAGGUCACCCGGGCCUAUGCCACUUUUGCAGCGUCUGUCGAAGGCCUGUCGCCUCGAAUUUCGGACAACUCGGCCCUUUUCACUUAUUUGCAUCUGAUUUCUCCGUCCUUGAGGCUGUCAGAGGACGACGAAGAAGGUGCUGGCUCGGAAAGCGAUGGAAUCGCUGAAGGUGAAGGCAACAGUGAAGAAGGCAAAGCGGAAUCUGAUGGUGAAGCCGAGGAUGCCAAUGAAGCAGUCAACAACGAGGAAGGAGACGACGACGAGGAGGAGGAAGAAGAGGCUGAAAUUGAAGACGAUCCCGAGGAAGAGGAGGAGGAAAGCACGGGCAAUCCGCCACCGAAGAAGCGACGGAAACGAGGAAAAGAACUCCGACGCAAGCCCAGCGAUGGAGACGGCGAUGAAGAUGCAGCGGGAGAGCUAUCUGGUGAAUCACAAGAAACACCAUCUGCUGAAACCGGAGAUGAUUCGCUUGCGGAGGUUGGCGACGGAGAAGCAGGAACGGACAACCCACCGGUUCAAGUUCAGCGGGCUGCAACCAGGCCAAAACGAGGCAAAGAACUCAGGCGCCCUGACAUGGAUUAGCUUUUCGAUCGAUAUCUGAUGCUGUGGCUGGAGGCGGAUCAUUUGCCGUCUGUGGUGGAAACCAUUUGGCUGCUGCAAGCAGCGAUUUAUAGCCGCCAGGUUCCAUUUUUGGUUUUGUGUGUCUAGCUAAAGAGAGGACUAAUUAAGUCAGCGGGAGCUGCGAUACCUCGGCAGGACCGUCCGACGGUUUUCGACAUGGAUUUAAAAAAAUUGAAUUUGCCACGACUGACAACAUCCUCUUAAACAUCCUCUUAACAUCCUCUUAAAUCUUCAACAUCCCCGUAAACAUCCUCUUAAAUAAACAUCCUCUUAACAGAAUCCUCUUAAAGCUUCGAAACAUCCUCUUAAGCCUUCAUUGAAACACCAUAUGAUUUCCUCUUAUCACGAAUGAACAUCCUCUUAAAUAAACAUCCUUUUAACAACAUACUCUUAAAUACUCAACAUCCUCUUAAACAUCCUCC